CUUCCGCAUUCCUCGCUCUUCCCGAUCAGGGAUCAGCGCUCGAGAAACGAGCUGAUGCAACGAUUCCCGCUCUUCAAGAUCUACUCGCGACCGACAGCUGACGUCAGAAAGGGAUUCCACGCGCUCACCGCGGGACCAAAGUCAGCUGUGGUCACAGGCGUUUGUGACAUGAUGCCCGGACAGAUCCCGGACCCCUCGGUGACGGCAGGCUCUCUGCCCAGUCUCGGCCCACUGGCAGGCAUCUCUGCCACCACACUAACUGACCAGCUGAAAUACGCUGACCUCUGCAACCUCGGGGUCAUGCUGUCCCCUUUACAUCUACUAGGAAAGCUGGGCAAGCGCCCACUGCAGAUUAAAGCUGAGAAAGAUGAAGAGGAAGAGCGCAGGAAAAGAAGGCGAGAGAAAAACAAAGUAGCAGCAGCAAGAUGUCGAAACAAAAAGAAAGAAAGAACUGAGUAUCUACAAAGGGAGUCGGAACGUCUGGAGAUGAUGAACUCUGAGCUCAAGGCACAAAUCGAGGAGCUCAAACACGAGCGACAGCAGCUCAUACUGAUGCUCAAUCGCCAUCGGCCCACCUGCAUCGUGAGUACGGACACCAUCAAGACCCCAGAGAAAGAGCCCAACCCCCUCAUGGAGCAGCUGAAGUCCAAAUGAGAAGAAUCGGAGAAGAACGACACAUUUCCAUGUUACUGUUUACAGGCUGCUCCUCUCCGGCUAACUGAAGCACUUGCUUGAAGCACUUGGACGUUUAAGGGAAAAGAGAGAGAGUGGCUUUUCUGGCCUGUGAGGUUGGAGAAUCGAGACUUAAUCAAAGCAAAGAAAAACACGCCGAUGCCCUGUUUAGAUUGGGCACGCAUUGGCACUUUUGGCAACUUUUUUUCAUUCAUGGUCAUGAAGUGCCUUAUUUGUUUGUUUAAGUCCAUUUAGUUCCAAAUGAAUUGUCAACGAUAGACCGAUGUAUCGGAUAUUUUGCCAUUAUCGGUAUCAGCCGAUAACCGUGUUCACUUGGCCGAUAAACAAAACUGUUAAUUUUCCCAUGAGUCAGUUCCAACAUCCACCAAUAGAUUUGUCAAUGGAUAGUCAACACUUUCUGUUUCCAAGGUUUUUGCGAAUUUUAGUAAAUACUGCGUAAAGUUUCACUACAAAAUUUGUGUAAAACUGAUUUGCUGUUGUUUACUUGUAUUAAGUUUAUCAGCAUUUAUAUCGGCCAUUCUGCUCUCUAGAUAUCAGCUAUUGUAAAACCCAUAUCGGUCGAGCACUAGUUAGGAAUUCAUGAAGAAACUCACUCCGUUAUCGUGGCAAAGCCAUGAAAGGUUACACACCCAUUGUUGUGGCAUCAUGUUAACUGGACUAGUUUUCAUGGACUGUCUCCACAAUGUUUAUUCACCAUUUGCUGCCUUCAGUUGAUUUUUUUUCUGACGCAGGCGUCAUGUAUGCACAUAUGUAUGAACUGUUUACAUCUUGCCAAUUUAUUAUAGUUAUCUACUAUAUACAGUAUAUGACUUUUAUACUUAUUGUACGUUACAUGGACUUAUCACUAGAUGUGAUACAUUUUAUGCAACAAUUUCAUAACCUCUAUUUCUGUGACUUAAUUUGUUUUACAAUUAUUAAACAAGUGA